AUGAGCGGGAACGUAAAGUUUAACGCCGUUGCCCCUGCGCUUGCAAAGAAGAAAUCUGAGAAGGCACAGUCUAUUCUUCCCCAUGACUUUCUCCUUAGUCUGCACGGUAGACGCGUAAUUGUAUUUUUGUCAUACAAGGACCACGAAUUGGAGGGUCGACUCACGGCCGUUGAUGCUGAUAAGGGUGAUAUCUUUCUUGAGGAAGUGGUGCAUUAUGUGUGGAAUCGCGGCGUUGGACAACAUGGAAAAGAGGGUACACGAGAGGAACUGCGGCGAUGUAAAAGUGCAAUGGUUAACAGUCGUUACAUUGAGAUGAUCGCACCUGCCUGA